GUAUGCAGUUCAGGAAGAAAGUAAGAAAGAGCAAAGCACACCAGAGCAAGGAGCAAGGCGAAGGCGGAAGCAAGAGGCUUUUUCUCUUGCGUGGCUGCUGCAUCUCCAGGCGUGAUGGUGGGAGAAUGUGAACAGGAGUCCUUGUCAACCUCACCCCUUCCUUGACUGACCACUUUGUACCUGGACUUCUAGAGUGGGUGCUGUCUUCCGACUACCUAGAACGACAACCUGUCUGAUACCCCAACCUCACAGAAGCAUCUUUGGGACGCUACAGAAAUCACUCCUGAACAUCCCCACACAAAAAGUUAUCUGUGGGGUGCGUCUUGCAGAAAGAGACGGCCGAAAACUUGAAGACUUAUUUAGAAACAGGCACACACAUACACUGUAUUUUUGUGCAAGAUCUCUUUUGAGCAAAGGAGAAGCGCUACCAAGCAGCCGCUGGGCUCACUGAACACCCUCCCCUGUAUCGCUUAAUUGAGAAGGCAUACAAAUGCUCUCAGUUCAGCCAGACACCAAGCCAAAAGGUUGUGCUGGCUGCAACCGAAAAAUCAAGGACCGGUAUCUCCUAAAGGCACUGGACAAAUACUGGCAUGAGGACUGCCUGAAGUGUGCCUGCUGCGACUGCCGUUUGGGAGAGGUGGGCUCCACCCUGUACACGAAAGCUAACCUUAUCCUUUGUCGCAGAGACUAUCUGAGGCUGUUUGGUGUAACGGGAAACUGCGCUGCCUGUAGCAAGCUCAUCCCUGCCUUUGAGAUGGUGAUGCGUGCCAAGGAUAAUGUGUACCACCUGGACUGCUUUGCCUGUCAGCUUUGCAAUCAGAGAUUUUGUGUCGGAGACAAAUUUUUCUUAAAGAACAAUAUGAUUCUCUGCCAGACAGACUACGAGGAAGGCCUCAUGAAAGAAGGCUAUGCCCCCCAGGUCCGCUGAGCCCGCAGCAGCAUCGCCCCAACACUGCAAAGCACUACAUCCUUUUAUCUUUUUUGCUCACGUGUAUAUAAGAAUCAAUCGACACAGGAACCUGCUAAAUAGGGUAGCGGUAGGUGAGCAGGAUGGCCAUGUGGAGGAGAAGGUGGACUGCAUCUGUAUGUAGUGAAAAUGCCCCCGUUCAAGAGUUGAAUGUUCAUUAUUAAAGAGAGAAGUAAUGUAUAUAUUGCCGGAUUUUUUUGCCUGCCAUUCGUUUUUUGUGUCACUUGGCAUGAGAUGUUUAUUUUGGACUAUUGUAUAUAAUGUAUUGUAAAUCCAAAGCACAAAUGUAAUACAGUUUUAUUGUGUUACCAUUUGUGUUUGGUUUGCUUCUUUGUAUUGUUGCAUUUAGUACAAUCAGUGUUUCAACUUACUGUACGUUUAUGCUUUCUGUGUCUGCCAGCUAUUUUCAGCGAGCUGUACCUUUCUAGUAAGAAUUGAAGAGCAAACCUCCACCAUGACACACAGAUGAAGCAAGACUAUCGACGUUAGAAAGGCAAAAAUAAGCAAGUAAACAAACACAAAGCAGUUAGUGACAUCCGCUUCUUACGGCUACAACAGCUUGGUGUAGCGCCGUGUUCUCGUCAUAACCCCCUAUUUUCAGGGGGCUAAAGAUCAGCUUUAAAAAAUGUUAACGAUUUCAGCUUAAAGCACUUUCGUUUUAUGCCAACGUGAAAAGUGCCAUUCUUAGAAUGACGUUAAAGCUUAGUGACGUCCUCCAAUGUCCUUUACCGAGCUCCUUACCGUCACUAUUAGAUUUAUUCUACCUUUGUUUUUCCAGUCACACGCCCUAUUUGAACUAGUGCCUUUGGGUAGCAUGUGAACAACUUCCAAAGGGUUAUUCUAAAUGAGAACGGUAUUACCACAAUCACGACAUAAUUUAAAAGUUUUCAACUUCUUGUGUAAAUGUUGUCCAGAUUUCUCCCUAGGAGAUGAGGGCUUUGUGUCCGUGGUUAAUGAGCUGAUGGCCCUGAACAGGAUUGAGGGUGCAUCUCCUGAAAUCGGGAUGCUGCACACUGAGAUUCUGAUGGCUGAGUUGCACUGAGAUCUGCUCACAGCCUUGGAACUGUCUGUACAGAAACCGAGAAGAGAAGUAGAGAGAUUGGUAAAAAGUUGAGAGCUGCUUGGUGAUUGUGUAUUUCGCCUGCCAUUUACUUCAAUCUUUAAAACACUUUGAAUUUGCUGUCACACUUCCUCGGUCCCUCCUGAUCACUGCCAUCUUCCAACUCAGAUUAUGUAACACUUGGGCUAAAAUCUAUCCCCUUUAUUAUAACUAUUAUUAUUAUUAUUAUUUCAUUUUGUUUUUUAAUGGUGUUUUCCCCUUAUUUAAAUGAUAGCUGAUGAAGAAGAAUGUUCUAGAAACAGAAACUGUGGGAAAUGAUUACUUAAAUUGCAAUUAAGGAAAUAAAACCAAGAAUACAGCUUCCUCUUCUGCUCACACUCUGUUCAUUUUGCAUUGUGCAGUGAGGCCACUUUGCAAACCCCCUCCAUACAGACACAGUGCACCGUAUUUGCUCCCAAGAAAAGUCAACACUGCAGUUUUACUUAGUUUCUUCUCCAUCGUUGUACAGGAAACAUCUCCCACUGUUACUUGUAUUAACCAUUUCCCCAGCCAGUGUCCCUGUUACAGAUGGUGAUUAAACGCCAUCCCGACAUUCUUGGUCUGGGGCCAAAAUCUAAUCUGAAAUCGGUGCUGGUGUGGCUUUGAGUCAUUGCGAAGCAUGAGUUUAUUAGGAGAACAUAUGAGGAUCUUAAUGUCACCUUUUGCAGAAACAAAAGGUUCUGUAAAAAUUGAAUAAUAAACAUAUUUUGUAAAUGCUUCAUUGUGAAGAAUGUGAAACUCCCACAUGCCCAAAUUCGAGGUAGAAUGAAGAAUUGCAAAGCUGUCCUCUUUUGGUCCGCGAGACGAUCCUCACUGCUCUCUCAGCCCCACAAGCUUGCCUUGUGAUGAGCUAUGACAGUAAAAUACACAAAACACAAACUGGAAGAGAGAAGAUACAGAGAGAGCGGGGGGAGGGGUGCAAGCAAGAAGCAGUUUCUAAUACACAGCCCUGCUAGCUCCUGCUAAUAGUUGUUUAAGGUUUUACAUAAAGUCUGUCCACAUAUUUUUCAAAUGAUCCCCAGUUUUUCUCAUCCAAAUGGGUUUUCAGAUUGUCUCUGACAAUUGUGUGUCAGUGGAGACAAACUUUUCUCAGCUUUUGAAAGCUCUUCAGCUAUCCUUGCCUUCCCCAAACAAAUAGGAUCUACAUUGCUUUGGCUUAAUUUGGGGGGAAAUUGUUCACCUGGAUUAAAAGCUAAAGCCUUAAUCUUUUUUGAUUAUCUUUAAUCUCCAUGAAAUUGUGAACCAAGAAAAGGGGUAAUUUUCCAGCUGUAAGGUGUUUUCCAGCUACUUGGCCACAGUUAGUAGCAUUUUUUUUUUUUUGACCUGAAGCAUUAGGGUAGUUUUCCUGAGAACUCAGGGCCCCCGAUUUUGCCUCAAUUCUUCUCUUUGUGUUGUGCAGCCCUUGUGUCAUGGUAUCUGAUGCUAUGGUCAGACGCCUGGCACAGAGUUUUGAUUUCUCAGGCUGGGGAAGUUGUCCUCCUAGCAUCUCUGCAGGCUACUUCUGACGAGGGGCCAGGCAACCCCCAUCCCACCAGCUUGCUCAGCUUAAGGGAUGACCAAUGUUUGUGACUUCACUUCCAUCUUGCUUAAUAAAGAUCUGGACUCUUUUAUUAUUUUUUUUGUUUAAUUUGGAUUCAUGUUUUCAAUCAAUCACUGUUGAUUGUGCUUAACUGGCAAAGACAAAGGUGGUCUGAAGAAAGCACGUGCUGUCCACAGGAAAAUGCAACCUUAUGUCCCUCUCUAAACCUAAAUCCCAACAAGCCUGAGGAAGGAAGCCAUAGCAGCUGCUCCUUUCCCUGAGACUGCUGGAGAUUCCUGAAGGAGGAGGCUCUCUGCCAUUGUACUUAUGUGAGAAAUAAAUAAAAUUGUCCGAAAUGAAUUGCUGGCUAUGAUUUUUGUGCAUGUCCAUAUAUUUUUA